AUGAAUGUAUUCAACUGGACCAUAACGUACAGAUAUGACAGCACCAUUCCGUCUCCUUACAGUAAAUGGGUGUAUUUCCGCCAGGAUGUCAAGCAAAAAGAACAACAUCACAAUUAUGCAGCGAAUAAAACGAAAAUGGUCGCUUGGUUUGUUUCCAACUGCAACGACAAAAACGGCCGACUCAAGUAUGCACAUGAUUUGCAGAAACAUGUUGGGGUCGAUAUCUAUGGCAGUUGUGGAAACUUGACUUGUUUGCGUGAAAACGAAGACCAAUGCUUUGACAUGCUUGACAAGGACUACAAAUUCUAUUUGGCCUUCGAGAACUCAAACUGCAAGGAGUACAUCACGGAGAAGCUGUUCCGGAACGCACUGCAACAUAACGUGUUACCAAUCGUGAUGGGAGCGCCGCCAAAAGACUAUGAAAAAUAUGCUCCGCAACGAUCGUACAUUCACGUCGAUGAUUUCGAGUCGCCGAUGAAACUGGCCGAAUAUUUGCAUGAAUUGAAUGGAAACGACGACAUGUACAAUGCGUAUUUUCAAUGGAAAGGCACUGGGGAAUUUGCUAAGCUCAAUCAUUUAUGUGAUGCGUGUGCUAUGUUGCACACUGGUGAAAUCAUCUCAACUCCGAAAUCGUUCGAAGAUGUGAAUAAGUGGUGGAAUGCACCAGGAAUUUGCACAAGGCACUCAUGGCGCAAUGUAAAUUCUCAGAAUUAA